UCGAGUUUGUGAAAAAAAAAAGAAAAUUUGACAGGAUUUUCUGUGUGCGGAAGGUGAUUUUUUUGCCGAGUUUUUUAUCGAAUUUAAAAUGAGAUAUAUAAAAGAAAUUAUUUUUUUGGAAUAUUACGGCAAGCUGUGUGUGUAUAGAAUGAAAUAAUGAUAUGGUGGCACGAUGUCUUCGCCUGUGGUUUGCCGUGAAAUAUUCGAUGAAAACAGUCAACCAUCCGCCGAGGAAAUCUCCGACUAUGCUCAGCAACUGGGCAUUGAUCCUGAAAGUGAGAGCCACCUCCUACCAUUGGCUAAAGAUGGACUCAUGCAAGCAUUACCACCUCCAUGGAAAGCCUACUAUGACGAUAAAAUCCAAUCACAUUACUACUACAACGAAGAGACGAAGAGUACGCAAUGGGAGCAUCCGCUAGACAACGUAUACAGGGAACUCGUGAAGAAGGCGCGCGAUGCUUCCAUGCAAGAUGACACCUGCGCUUCUGUACAGGAACUCCUCACAUCAGAAGAGAACACAAAAAACUUGGAGCGAGUUGAAACAAAGGUCGAAAGCGAUGAAGAACUUAGCACGGACAGUGAGAACCAUGCGUCUGACGUCAGAGAAAACCCGACCCUUACUGGACCCAGGCGCCUAACACCUUUAGGAAGACCCCCACCAUCUCCCCUUAGCAGAAUCGACAAGAAACUAAGUGACACUCGAAUAUCGCCUCUAAGGCGUAGUGUAGAUGGUUCACUUUCGGGCAAACCCAGUCUCUUGAGGAAUACGUCGGAUAGAGACUUGCUCAGUCGCCCGGCGUUUGGGGCUGAAAGACCAAAGUUAUUGUUCAAACAGCAAUCAGAGAUUAUUGAUUUGAAGAUGCACGUGUUAAACAGCCCUGAAGAAGAGAAUUUUAGCCCGUUGCUGAUGUCUUCUAAAAUUGAGAGGGGGUUUCCAUUGACAGGCAAAGGCAGCAUGUUUCUCAAAGUUUCAAAAUCCGAUCUCCCGAGUCCAGAUACCGACAAAUCUUUGCCAAUAGACUCCGUCACUAAAAGUGAUCCGCCUAAAGGAAUACUGCGGGAGAAAAUGUCUGAUGCAUUGCAUAAGAAAGUUGACAAUAUCUUCAUGGGAAGACAUAAGCAGCCUGCUAGUUUUGAAGAAGAUAGAAAAAGUGUUAGAUUUAAACUCGAGAACUUACCCGAACCGACCGUCAGUCCGGGCUCAAACAGCUCCUCAGAACAGAACGAUGGCCAAAGCUCAAUCAUAUCAGCCACCCCCCACCCAUCUAUUCCGUCCCCUAUCAUCCCGUCAUCACCCCUCGUCCCGUCAUCACCUCUCGUGCCGUCAUCACCCGUGUCAUCACACCUCGUGGGGUCACCCGCUGUGCCGUUGAACCAGAUAGUGUUGACCCCUUUGGCUGCAAGACCCCCUUUGCCUCCGAGGCCUAAUGAAAGUCCGAGGGAGGUAAAGAGUUUGUCCGGUUCUGAAAGGGAUUCUGUUGACAGCGACAGCUAUGCUCGUGGCACUUCACCUCGACGCCGCGUGUUAAGACCUCCUCCAGGCGACUAUAUCAAACCCGAUCUAUUUCAGAAGAACUUUCAGAAAAUAUCGGAUCUAGUCCGACCGGGAGACAUAGAUACUUUGUCGGUUAAUCUGGAGGAACCUGGGGCUUCUGAGAAAGAGACACGGCCAAGAUCACCAAUGAUACCUCAAAAAAAUAAAAUAUCAAUUAACUUAAUGGAGAGCAUUGAAUCUGAAACUUCAAUAGACUCCCCGGACAGAGAAUUUGCAAAUCUAGACCUCAACGACUUAGACGAUUCCAACGAAAGAGAAAAAAAUAGUAACGAAAAAGAAAUAGAAAAAGAUGGUCCAAAAUCUGAGGAGAGCUCAGAUAAAAAGUCAAUAAGCUCAGAUAAGAUACGUUCAAACGAAAACAUUCAAAUACCUCAAAUCAAAGUUCCUAUAUUAGACUUUUCAAAAGUUGCAUCCGAUUCUGACGAUUCAAAGAAAACUUCUGGACGGGAUGAUGAAUCGAAGUCGAAGUCUCACGAGGUCUCUAUAAAGUCGCCGCAGAUCAAAGUUUCGCCUACACCCAGUUUGGGUUCCGAAAUGAGAUCUCCACGACUGGAUUAUGCUAAACCUUGGAGUCCUUUAUCGACUUUCAAGCCUAACAAGUCCGUAAUGGGGCCUAUAAAGACUUCGGACUCGGCUUCGAGCCUAGGAAAAGGCCUAACAAGUCCUAGAUUAGACGGAGUUAUUCUAUCGCAAGGGAAAUCUAGUUCUGACAAUGUAGUGGUAGUAUAUCAAUUUGAGACUCAAGAAGAAACGUUUCCGAAGCCUAUAAAAUCUCCUCUAAUCCCCGAUAUGGGAACAAGAGAUAUGAUAGAGAGGAACAAAGCAGAUGAGAAGAGAAGACUGGAGUUAGCUUUACAGAAGGAGUUGGAGAGUAUUAGAGUAGAGUGGUCGGUUAGGGAGAGGAAGUUGAGAGCGGAAUUAUUAGAGGAGUUGAGGGAGACGGAGGAGAAAUUUGUAGCAGAGAAGAGAAUGAGGUUGAAUGAGCAAGCUGAAAGGCAUCGGAGAGAGAUGGAAGAGGCACUAGCACAAGCCGAACAAACACACAGACAAACACUAGAACAAGCAACGUUGGAGCUGGACGAACGAAAUCAACAAGACAUCGAGUUGGCUGAGCGACAACAUUUAGACAAUAUGAACAAAAUACAUCAGCAAUACAGGGAUAAGCUUAUUGAACAGCAACGCCAGUUGGAAAUAGAAAACGAACGCACAUUAUCAGAACUAAGGGAUCAAUUACAAGCAAACUUGGCGAAGGAACGCAGUCGUAUGAUAGAAGAGAACAGAGCGACCAUAGAGUCUCUGAGAGAAGAACAUACUACUAGAGUCACUGAUCUUAGGCAUGACUAUAGAGCUGAGAUUGAGAGGCUUCGAACACAACAUGCCUGCCACUUAGAAGAAGUGCGGGCUCGUCUGGCGAGCUCGCGGGCGGCGGGCGGCCGCCUGAGCGACGAGCGGGCGCUGCAGGACAAGUACAAGUGCCUCAAGGAGAAGUACGUGCGACUCAAGCACGAUGUUAAGAUGUCAAUUGAACGCCGGAAUAAGAGACGUGAAAUGAGUAUGACAACUGGAUCAGAAACUGAGAAGUCAAAUUCACACAAAGCUAACCAAUCACUAGAAAGAUGUAAAGAACUAAACGAGACAUCGGUAAGCGCAGUGGUCGAACCGGAGCCGCCUCGUCGCAUGAACAACAACCCGAACCUCAAGUACAAUGAUAACGAGACCUCUUACUCAGAAACUAACACGCACAAACCCGACAAUAACAAUGAUGAUUGGAAAAUUAGGAGGGAUAAUCCAGUACCAUCAGCGGACACAUCCCAAGCUUCCGCAGCACGUCCGCGUCCGCGCCGCUCGGCGGUGGCGUUCCGCGAGCCGCCGCGGCGCCGCCACAGAGAUACAGGUGACCACAUCAUGUAGACUUACGUGCUACAACUGACUGCCAGGACUCGUCCGAUGCCACAACAGCUGACGAGAAACCUAAAGAAAACGUGAACGGACACGGCCGACGCAGAUGUUUUACAAGAUUAAAAUCAGCCUCCACAUCCCGGCUGAACUAUUCACCA